AUGUACCGGCACGGCCGGGCCGCCGCUGCCGCCGCCGCCCGCCUCCGCCCCGCCGUCCCCCUCCGCGCCUGGCCCCCGGCCGAGGCCGCUGGGGCCGGCCCGGACCCGCCGCGCCGCCGUUACCGAGCGCGGCCGCAGCCCCGGCAGCCCCCGCGCUCGAGCCUUGUCCCCACCGGAGGGGAUGGAGGAGGUGACAUCACGACGGUGGACGGGCAUCGGGAAGAUGACAUCGCCGUCCGCGAUGGCCCCGCCACCGCCGUCCUCCUCCUCCUGCGGCCCCCAGCCCUUCCUGGCCCCCGCCGGGCCCCCCCCGCCGCCCCCCCACCCAGCAUGGAGGAGCACUUGGCCGUCAUGCACCAGAAGCUGCAGCACGAGCUCCCCAAUUUCUUCCUGAAAAUCCCCGACUACGGCCUCUACUCCCCCGACGUCGAGUUCAUCAACCACCUCCUGCACCUCCACACGCGCGGCCGGGCCAUGUACCAGGUGGCGGGGCCCCUGUGCCGGGCGGUGGCCUGGGGGUACUUCGCCAGCCUGCGGCUGGAGGUGCUGGCGCUCACCCGGCACCCCGAGGACUGGAGCAUCCGGGCGCGCUGGCGCACUGACGGGCUGCCCCUCCACCUCUGCCUCCUGCGCUUCUACCGCCGCGACAAGCGUCACCUUCUGCGGUCCUACGACGCCUUCUCCACCUUCUUCCUCAACUCGCAGGGGCUCAUCCGCUGCCACCUUCCGCGUGGACAAGCUGAUGCCAGCCCCCCACGGCCAUGA